AACAAAUCUUUCUGCGUAUUCCACGACUCGAGCAUUUAUUGAUUGCAAAAUGCCUCCCAGAAAAUCCAAGGCCCAGAAGGAAGAGCCGCAGGUUCACUUGGGACCGCAGGUUCGCGAUGGCGAGGAAGUCUUUGGCGUGGUCCACAUCUUUUCCAGCUUUAACGACACAUUCGUCCACGUGACCGACUUGUCCGGCCGCGAAACCAUGGCCCGCGUCACUGGCGGCAUGAAGGUUAAGGCCGAUCGCGACGAGGCUUCGCCAUACGCUGCUAUGCUGGCUGCUCAGGAUGUCGCCGAGAAGUGCAAGAUCCUCGGCAUCACCGCCCUCAAAGUCAAUCUGCGGGCUACUGGCGGCAACAAAAACAAGACCCCCGGACCCGGUGGCCAGUCUGCUCUGCGUGCUCUGGCUCGUUCGGGAAUGAAGAUUGGACGCAUCGAGGACUUGACUCCCAUCCCCUCGGAUGGCACCCGCAGGAAGGGCGGUCGUCGUGGACGCCGUCUGUAGGCCAUAUUCCAUGUUGUAUCUGCUAUAAACAUAACCCUUAAAAACUAUGAAUAAAGUA